UUAUCUCCUGUAUUGAUAUUCCUGUCUUGACUCAAGCCAGGGAUUCUCCUAGGAGGAGAGAAUUGAUAGCAGUACCUCCUCAACUAUAAAGAUAAAGAUGAAUGCUGUGUUUCAUCCAGUACUGAAAAUUUGAAGUUUUGAAGAUACUUGCUAAGUCAGAUCACUUCAAGAAAGUUGCUAUUCACUUCCAGCAUAUCAUAAUGCAGAAUUCUCUCUCAGUACCACCAAAAGAUCAAGGCGAAUCACACAUCUCUUCUGGACAGAUUCAGAGUGGGAAAGGUUUGCAGAAUAAAAGUCAGUUUAGGACCAUUGCACCAAAAAUCAUGCCCAAGGUCCUAACAUCCAGAGUGCUAUCGUGCCAUUCCCCAUCACUCUCUGAUCAGGUGAAUCCAGGACCCUCCAUCAACGCCAAGCCACUGGGAGUGCCUGCCCAGAAUUAUGCUCUGAUGCAGGUUGCUGGACAGGAAGGGACGUUUUCUCUCGUUGCUCUGCCACACGUUGCCUCAGCUCAGUCAAUCCAGAAGCCCAGAUUACCGCUGCCUGAAAACGUUAAACUGCCUAUUCCUCGAUACCAACCUCCGAGAAAUAACAAAGGAUCAAGAAAGAAACCCAUUCAGAGCUCCUCUGAGACUGGUGCUGGCAUACCUCCUGCCCAAACCCAUGCGUCCCCCUCCCCACUUGACCAUCCCGAACCCCCGCACAAAGCUGGUCUGUUGGAGCAAGUGCCGUCACGAGACCAAGCCCCAGCCAGCAUUAGCACGGCAGCACCAACCAACCAAGGUGGCCCCGGGGACUCUCCACCUCUGGUGACCAGUGACUGUGGAGAUACGAGCCCUCCUGCCACCCCACCAUCGUCGACACCAGAGGAGCUCUCUGGCAAGCAGGAUCUCGCAAAGCCUUCAGGCAAAGCAAACUUGGUGACCAAGAAAACCUGCAGUAAGCCUUCUUCCGUUGCUGGUGAAAAGCUUAAAGAACAAGUUCAUCUUGCAAAAGCCAUGACCAUUUUAUCACCCGCUGUUUUUGGCAACACGGUUCAGCUGAUCUCUCCAGUCCCCAGAGGUAAACUGCCAAUCCUCCCCUAUGCCCGGAUGAAAACAGCGGAGGUGUGCAAAGGUCCGUCGGAUAUUAACACAGCAGACAGUUCUCUGCCCGGGCUCAGGGCCGUCUGUGAUCAGACAGCUUCCAUCACGGAGGGCUUUCAUGCAGCCACCGAAACAGUUGGCAAGGCACCUGCUCCACAGUCGUCAAAGCAGAAUCCCUGUGAGAGCACUUUUUGUCCCGCCACCAGACUGGAUCUAGGCCACAAAGCCAAACUGAACAGCGGGGCAGCCAAGAGAAGAGUACGGAAACGAAAGGUACCAGAGGAAAUGUUGGCAUUUCAGGGGAAAAGGAGGAAGUGUAUCAUUAAUAAGUGUAAAGAUGGUAAAGAAAGAGUGAAAACCGAUCCCCAGGAAUCCAGGGACCAAAAACCCGGGGCUCUGAAGAAAUACCGCAGCAUUAUGCCGAAGCCGGUGAUCAUGGUGCCCGCCCUGGCUCCCCUGGCUUCUCCGGCAGGCGUGCUUCAGCCCCACGCCCCUGGCAGCCUGGGACAGGACGUUUUGUUCAGUAAUCCACUCACUCCUAAGUACCUGGGCUGGAAGCAGGACGGUGGCACGUCCCCAAAGCCCAGCUCCACACUGCGGAAUGGCUUCCCCAGCCUCAAGAAGCCCUGGCACAGGUGUCACGUGUGCGACCACCACUUCCAGUUCAAGCAGCACCUCCGAGACCACAUGAACACACACACGAACAGACGGCCGUACAGCUGUCGCCUGUGCCGCAAGGCGUACGUGCGCUCGGGCAGCCUGAGCGCACACAUGAGGCUCCAGCACGGCGAGAACCGUCUGAAGAAACUCGUGUGCUGUGAGUUCUGCGCCAAGGUGUUCGGUCACGUCAGAGUCUACUUCGGCCACCUGAAAGAAGUGCACCGGGUGGUCAUCAGCACGGAGCCCUCUCCCGGAGAGAGGCAGCCGGGGGAAUCGCCGAGGAACAGAGGCCUGGCUGUGCGAGGGACCGAGGGAUCCGGGGAGAGGGAAAACAAGUCAAGCCUGGAAGAGGACCUCCUCCUUACCCAGGCAGAUGAAGUCAAGUUACAGAUCAAAUGUGGCCGCUGUCAGAUCACUGCUCAGUCUUUCGCCGAAAUCAAGUUUCACUUACUUUACGUCCAUGGAGAGGAAAUUCAGGGCCGGCUGCAAGAGGAGAUCCUACCAGGAAGCAGAGGCACUCAGGAGGAGCUAGUGAAAUACGCUGCUCCCUUCUGGAAACAGCAUCCUGAGAGAAGAAAGCUGCUUCACAAGCACGGUCCCCCUGAGGAGGAAUUCCCCGCAUUUCCCAAACUGAAACGGCAGCUCUGCCUUUAUCCCCAGAAGGAUAUGGAAAUCCUCAGAAAGGCUGAAGGAGCCCAGGCAGGACCCAGCGAGGCUGGUGCGGCCCCCUGGGCCCCUGAGGGUCCCAACCCCCACGUCCCCCUGCUUCGGUCCCACUCAGGCUUGAACUGCAUCCUAUGCACACAGACACUGCCAAGGAAGGAAGAACUCCUCCUGCACUGGGAGCAGCAGCACAACUGUGAGAACCCUUCCAAGCUGUGGACCAUCUUACACACGCUCUGCCACCAGGGAGUGAUCGGACUUUCCGACAAAUCUGAACAAUGAAGUACUGGGGUGGGAAAGGGGGUUAACGAGAGUGUUGCUCACUGGCUUUCUCUUUCUCUCAAAGCUUUGUGUUCCUAGGGUGGUGCUUCAUUAUAAAAGUCAAAGU